CACCUCUUGCUGCAGUCCUCAACAUGAGUUUCACCGUGGAGAGCCACUUUUUCAGCCCGAGCGGGCUCCGUAAGGCUCGGCCAGCCUCGGUGUCCUCCAGUGGCUUCCACUCCCAGCGCCGUCGCCUCACCUACAGCAGCCCGCAGUCCUGCGGGGACAACCUGGACGCCUUCAACGGGGACAUGUCCCGCAGGAGCGAGAAGGAGAUCCUGCAGGCGCUCAACGACCGCUUCGCCGGCUACAUCGACAAGGUGCGCAGCCUGGAGAUGCACAACCGCAACUUAGAAGCCGAAGCGGCAGCCCUGCGGCAGAGCCAGAGCGGGCGCGCCUCCGUGGGGGAGAACUACGAGCGGGAACUGGACGACCUCCGGGCUUUCAUAGGGCAACUUAACAGAGAAAAAGGUCGCGCGGCUGUUGAGUACGAACGCCUGGAGGAAGACAUCCAGCAGAUGCGCACCCGUUUGGAAGAUGAGGCGCGCGGUCGCGAGGAGCUGGACGCGACAGUGCAGGCCAUGAAGAAGUACGUAAACGAGUGCCAGAUGACCCGAAUGGAUCUGGACAGGAAGCUCGGCGCCCUGGACGAGGAGGCCGCCUUCCUCAAGAAGAACCACGAGAAAGAAGUGGCCGAGCUCCUUGCUGAAAUUCAAGGCGCACAGAUGACCUUUGAUCUGCGUGACUCACCAAAAGUGGACGUGACCGGAGCCUUGCAGGAGAUCCGCGCACAGCUUGACCGCCACACAGGAAAUAACGCCAACCAAGCCGAGGACUGGUUCAAAGUACGCAUGGAGCGUCUGACAGAGGCGGCCAGAUCCAAUCAACAUGCCAUCCGGGGGACCCAAGAGGAAAUCGUGGAAUAUCGUCGUCAGCUCCAGAGUCGCACCAUCGAGCUGGAGACUCUCCGGGGAACCAAGGAGUCGCUGGAGAGGCAGCGUAUGGCGAGCGAGGACAGACACCGAGACGACCUUGAUUUACUCCAGGACACCAUCAAUCAUUUGGACUCUGAGCUGAAAAACACCAAAUGGGAGAUGGCCAGCCAGCUAAAGGACUAUCAGGAACUUCUGAAUGUGAAGAUGGCUCUAGAUAUUGAAAUAGCGGCCUACAGGAAACUACUGGAGGGAGAAGAGAGUCGUCUUGUGUCAGACAGUCCCUACUCCUACUUGGAUAACAGACUUUCGGCACAUCUCAAAGUGAAAGAAGAUAAAGUGAUUGUUCAAGAGCAGACAGAUGAGACCCAGGUCACAGAGGUGACAGAGGAGGCAGAAGAGGAAGAAGAAGGUGAGGAGACUAAAGAAGAGGAGGAAGACAAAGAGGUAGAAGAGGAAGAAAACAAAGUAGAGGAAAAGGAGGACAAAAUAGAGGGAGCAGGUGAACAAGAGAUUGACAAAUCGUCAGAGAAAGUCCCGAAUUCUCCCAAGUCAAAAUCACCAGAGAAGGUCCCAAAGUCUCCUCAGCCUAAAUCUCCCCCAAAAUCGCCAGAGUCCAAAUCACCACCGGCUAAAUCUCCCAUUGCUAAAUCACCAGAGAAAGUCCCAAAGUCUCCUCAGCCUAAAUCUCCCCCAAAAUCGCCAGAGUCCAAAUCACCACCGGCUAAAUCUCCCAUUGCUAAAUCCCCUGAAGAGUCACCCAAAUCUCCUCCAAACAAAUCCCCACGGUCUAAAUCCCCUCCUCCCAAGACACCUGAACCGUCUGAGAAGGUCAAACCAGCCCCUGCUGCCAAAGACGACACUAAAGAGGAGAAAAAAGACAAGCCGGAGCCUGUUAAAGAUGAAAAGAGGGAUCCACCAGUCAAAGAGGAAAAGGUUGGACAACCAGUAAAGGAGAAGGAGAACAAGGAGAAAGAAGCAGAGAGUAAGAAGGAUGACAAACCUGACGUGAAGAAAGACAGCCAAACAACUGUGGCGCCAAAGGAAGAAACUCCAAAACCUGCUGAGAGCAAAGCACCAACCUCCAAACCAAAAGAAGAGGCUCCUCCUCCCCCAGUUGAGGAGAAGCCCUCAGCUCCUAAACCGGCCAAGGCAGAGCCAGAUAAGAAGCAGGAGGAGAAGCCUAAAAUUGAGCCUGCGAUACCAGAGAGCAAGAAACCAGAAGAGAAAAAGGAGAUAAAUAAAGGUGCUGAUAACGCAGGGAAGAAAGAGACGGUGGCAAAAUCUCCUGGCACAGAGUCCAAAGACAAAAAGGAGAAGUGAAGCUUCAGCCAACUAAAAAAAACAAACUCUUCAGGUGAGAGCAGGAAGGAUGCUCAAGUAUAAGCAAUUUUUGUUUUUAUUGUGCUACUUCCUAUGUACGUAUGCUACCAUGUUUGUAGGCAAGCUCUUCAAGUGAAUGUGACAAUAAUAAGUGCACUUUACCUGCACUAGCCUUCAAGGAUGAGAAUAUCAUGAUGCCCAAAAAUAUAUUUCAAUAUAGUCUAUACAAAUAUCUAUAUUACAUUUGCUAUGUUAGAACUUAGUGAGACAAUCUUGGAUGCUUGUGCACUUUAAUGUUUGGCUUCACAGGUGAGACAUCUCACUCUGGCCCGCCAUGCUCUGACAACACUUGACUGUCAUGUGUAUCAAUAAACCUGAUAAAUAUGCAACACAAAAGAAAAGAAUGAUCAUAUAUUGUGGUGUGCAGGG